CAGGAAUUCAGUUUGUGGCAUCAUGGAAAAUAUAAUACCAACACUUUGGUUACGGAGGCUUGGGGUUCUGUUCGGGUGCUGCCUGGUGGUACUUGCUGAUCUGAGUUUUCCACACAGGAAGACGCAGCAGAUGACACUGCAGCAGACUACAGUCCCAGAGGAGUUGGGCGCUAAAAUCAAUGGCAUGUGGGGAAGCUGGGGACCAUGGUCAGCCUGCUCACGCACAUGUGGAAUUGGAAUAAUGGAACAAAAGAGACCCUGUCUCUCAGCGACUUCCUCUUACUACAGCGAGAGCUCAUAUCCCAGUACAGGACACCAUUUUUCAUCCUUUCACAGGCACUCUCGACCCUACCUGAGCCAUCAAGAGGAAAGUGUCAAGACUAAGAGCUCGAUUGUACCUGGGAGAUAUGGAUAUGGAACGGUGCCUUACAUAUACUCACUACAAACUGACACGGGACAGGUGUCAGUGCGAGCAAGACGGCAGAGGCCCAUGGCAAGGUCCCAGGAGCAUUCACGGCUUCGGAACAGUCACAGUAACAGUCGCAUCCGACCCAACUCUGGUUCCACUCAACAUCCCAAUUUCUAUCAAGAUGACCGCCAGUCUCACGCUAACCAUCAGUCUUCAAUGUACCGGAACUCUCCCCAUCCAGGCAGCAGUGACUCAGCUCAACGAUGGAGCCCUUCGGCUAACUCCUACAGCCAUUCCAGCUCAGCCCAAUCAGCCCAAGCAAACCUCCAUCUGCCUGCUACAAAGACCGUGACCUGCAUGGGUGACCCAAAGCAGCAUCGACUGUGCAACAAGGAUCCGUGCCCCCAGCCUGGAGUUGACAUGCGUCAAGCACAGUGCACCUCCUACAACAACAAAGCUUUCAUGGGCAGGUUCUACCAGUGGGAGCCGUUCACGGAUGUCAGGAGACACCAGGAGUGUGAGUUAAACUGCCGAGCCGUGGGCUUCCGUUUCUAUGUGCGACAGGCAGAGCAAGUGAUUGACGGGACACCGUGUCACUAUAACGCAACAUCUCUCUGUGUCGCAGGACUGUGCAAGAACGUUGGCUGUGACGAAUACCUGGGCUCUGACAAAGUAGUGGAUAAAUGCGGAAUGUGUGGAGGGGACAACACGAGUUGCAAGGUUGUAUCUGGUAUCUUCAAAGACAGCCUGUCAAGUGUCGGAUAUCACAAAAUCAUAGAGAUCCCCGAAGGAGCAACAAAAAUCAAUGUAACUGAAAUGGCAAAGAGCAGGAAUUACCUGGCCCUGCGAUGUCGGUCUGGACGAUCUGUCAUCAACGGCAACUGGGCCAUCGAUCGUCCUGGCAAAUAUGAAGGUGGAGGCACCAUGUUCACUUACAAAAGACCCAAUGAGAUCAGGAGCACUGCAGGAGAAUCCUUUUCUGCCGAGGGACCAACAAAUGAAGCCCUGGAUGUUUUUAUGAUCUAUCAACAAUCCAAUCCUGGUGUUCAAUAUGAGUACAUCCUUCCCAAUGUUAAUGUGGUCAGCCCUUUGCUACCUCCCAGCAUAAGACCUGGAGAACCGUUGAACGGCCAAUUGGAUGUCACAGAGAACUAUCCAGGUUAUGAGAAUGGACAUUUCCAGCCUGGAAGAGGUCCUCCCCCAGAGCAACCAACUCGCCGAGAAUACAACUGGAAACAGGUUGGGACAACGGAAUGUUCGGCAACUUGCGGCAGAGGCUCGCGUUACACAGUCUUUCGCUGUGUGAACAGAAACAGCCACCAGGAGGUUUCAGAUGGUCUGUGUGACGCUAGUAUGAAGCCAAGCUCUGAAGAAGAGGCCUGUAACAUCAAUGCCUGUCCAGCCUUUUGGGACAUUGGCGAAUGGUCGGAGUGCAGUAAAACCUGCGGCCUGGGGAUGCAGCACCGGCAGAUUCUUUGCCGACAGGUCUAUGCAAACCGCACCAUAGCCGUGCAGCCACAUCGCUGCCAACACCUGGAGAAACCGGAAACCACCACCACCUGUCAAAUGAAGAUCUGCAGCGAGUGGCAGAUUAGGUCAGAAUGGAGCUCAUGCUCGGUACCUUGUGGAAUUGGCCAGAGAAGCAGAGACGUGAAGUGUGUGAGCAAUCUGGGUGAUAUCGUGGACGAUGAGGAGUGCAAUAUGAAACUACGGCCCGAUGACUUUGAAAACUGUGACAUGGGAACGUGUGCUAAGAGCUGGUUCUUCAGUGAUUGGAGUGACCGGUGUUCAGCAGAAUGUGGAGAAGGAGUAAGAACCAGGAACAUCAUCUGUCUGACUAAUCACAUCAGCAGUCUGCCGUUGGAAGGUUGUGGGAAUGAGCGCCCUCCAGACACACAGGCCUGUAACUCUGCCUCGUGUGAGAGUCAUACGGAGUGGUACACAGGACGCUGGAGCCAGUGUUCUGCUGAAUGUGGCAGAGGAACUGAGCAUCGGGAUGUGACAUGCAUCAGGAAAACAGAAGGGAUAUUUACUGUAGUGGAUUCCUUUGAAUGUGCUUCUCAAGACAGGCCUCCUUCUCGGCAAUCAUGCUUCCUCAAGGCAUGUGGCACUAAAUGGUUUUAUACUGAAUGGAGCACAUGUUCCAAGUCUUGUGAAGGAGGGUUCAGAGUGCGUGAAGUGCGUUGUCUGACAGAUGAUAUGAUUCCUAGGGACCAUUGUGAUCACAAUCAGAAACCAGAGGAGCAUCAGAGCUGCAACAAUGAGCCCUGUGUCCCAGAAAUAGACGAGAACUGCAAAGAUAAAUAUUACAACUGCAAUGUGGUGGUGCAGGCCCGGCUCUGCGUGUACUCUUACUACAAGACGGUUUGCUGUGCUUCCUGUACCAGAGGGGCACGAAGAUCACCAGGGUUUGUGGGUCACAGAUAACGACCACUUGCUGCCAUGAUGCUUAAUGAAGAGAAUGGUAUAUUGCAGAGAUCAGGAGUCUAUAAGGACAAAUAGAACUCUUUUAUCAACUCCCAACUGCUUCUGACAAAAGCAAAUAUUGCUACCGAGACUUUGCAGCAAUAGCGUUCUAGAUGACAUCUUCAGAGUUAAAGAACGGGGCCAUUUUAAAUGCUUUUCCUAGCAAGGUGCAGUCCCCUUGUAACUAGGCCUAACACAGAGUUCUUGUUCUACAAUAUCCUGGAGAAGCAUGCUGAAUUCAAUGGACCGUGGGCCACUAUAGUGUUACUGAAACAAUUUGAGUUUUUCGACGAGUGGACUAAAGAUGAAGAAAUGAGCAAGCAAUUCUAUCUUAUAACUCAACGAAACCGUCAUUUCCCCACAUUCCUGUUGGGUUCAUUAAGACUGAACAUUAGUCAAACGUUGAAUUUCUGAAACGCGCAUUGCUUUCCUCUAGAAAAGGAACUUGAUUUGCAGCUUAAUGGUUCCAAUUCGGGAGAAGAGCACUUCUUACAUUGAAAGGUUUCUGAGGUGCGGUGAA